AGGAUCGAGCAUCAGCAGUGAUGCAAGGAGUCAUUCAACCCAUACCAUGGUAGACAAGUCUGGCUUGCAACUUUCAUCACAAGUCAGCAAUCUGCAAGGGCAUCAAUCUCACAUUGCAGCAUCUUCAUCCGCAGUCAUUGAAGAUGGUACUGAGAAGGCCGCCAGCACUGCAGGGUCUAGCUUGGUGUUGAACUCAGCCACUUCAACCAUGGGGAAGCUUGAUGGUACUGCUACCUCUGUGAACAAACCAACCUCAACUGCCGAAGAUCGGAACCCAAAUGACUCAUUCUCUCUGCCACGAAUGCCCUUUGUGUCGACUACUGGGAAUGGACCCAAUGGGAAAACAGUCACUGGAUUUCUAUACAGAUAUACAAAAGCAGAGGUUCACAUCGUCUGUGUUUGCCAUGGGAGCUCCUUUUCGCCAGCAGAGUUUGUGAGGCAUGCUGGGGGUACUAACAUUUCACAGCCUUUGAGGCAGAUUGUUGUUGUUCCUUCAUGAGAGGCUAGAGGAGAGUUGUCCACUGUUCCUGUCUUUCUAGGUGGCUGUUAGGCUUCUGUUAUCCUUUUUAUUGUUUGGUCUUCUUCUAGGUGUCAAGGAGUUAGGCAUAUAGCAGCAUGGAGAUGGUGUUGGAGGGGAAAUUUACUAGUCGGCUGUUCAAAGUAGAUAAUAGAUGGUAGUGUUCGAGGGGAAAUUCAGUGGGUGGCUCUUCAACUUGGAUCGCUGUAUAAAUAUCUUUUAUAUUGAAUCUCCUCCUAACAAAGUGCUGAUGAGAUUUUCUUUCUAGACACAGGCCAUAAAAGUAUCGAAUAUUUGGGUUCAUUUGAAGGAGCUGGCGAGCAUCAAUAAAAAAUUAUAUUACUGGA